AUGGGUCAAGGAAACAGCUGCACAUUAUAUGUGCAGGCUCUUAAGGGCAUGCUUCAAGCUCUAGGAGUAAAAGUUGGACAGAGUCAAUUAGAGAGCUUCUUUCGCUUUAUUGAGGAAGUAUGUCCCUGGUUUCCGGAGGAAGGAACCAUUAGUUUAGAAACUUGGCAAAAAAUAGGAAAAAUGAUUCAGGAGCAUUAUGAUGCAAGUGGCCCUGAAAAAACCCCAGUGGAUGCUUUUACACUUUGGAAUUUAGUUCGAGACUCUCUGGACCCCAGACAUGAACAAAUAAAAUUUAAUCAGUUGAUUAAGAAAGUUGGACAGGAAAAUGAGAAAAAUUCAGAUGGCUCGGAUGCUGAGGAAAAGUCAGAUGACUCAGAUACUGAGGAAAAAAUAUAUGAUGAGCCUAUUGAGGAUAAAACAGUCCAUUUUGAGGAAAUGUUAAAUUCUUUUAUGAAAAAAUUGUCACAGAUUGAAGCAAUGCAACGACCCCCUUUAAGGGUGGAUGUUUGUGAGCCCACUUUAACAGCUCUAGGGGACUCAGAUUUCUUUCCGCCACCCCCUCUGCCUGUUAUUCCCCAGACGCAGUCUGCUUGGCAUAGUGCCUUGCAGCUCUCAUUAGCACAGGCUGAUCAAAGAGGGGAGGAUAUUUCUGGUUUUCAUUUAUUUCCUGUAAUGGAGGACCAAAACCAACAAAGAACUCACCAACCUAUUCAAUUUAAACAAAUAAGAGACUUGAAAAACGCUUGCGCUCAAUAUGGACCUACAGCUCCAUUUACGCAGGUAAUUUUGGAAACAUUGUCCACUGAUGCUUUAUGCCCUAAUGAUUGGAAACAAUUAGCCAGAGCUUAUCUUAGUGGAGGAGAUUACUUGUUGUGGAAGUCUGAAUUUGUGGAACAGUGUCAGGCCACAGCAGAGGUUAAUAGGGCUAAUAAUAUAACUACUACUUUUGCAGAGCUUGCUGGGGAAGGUGCUUAUAAUGACAUCCAUACCCAGUUAAAUUACCCUGUGGGCGCAUAUGCUCAGAUUAAUGCCGCUGCUAAGCAUGCCUGGAAGAAACUUCCUAACUCUAAUAAGACUGAGGAUCUUUCUAAAAUUAGACAAGGACCAGAUGAAACUUAUCAAGACUUUGUCUCUCGGUUACUAGAGGCAACAAGCCGUCUCAUCCAAGAUGGGGAUGCCGGUAUGGUUCUUGUACAAUUGGCAUAUGAAAAUGCUAAUGCAGCUUGCCAAGCAGCCAUUAGACCACUUAGAAAAAAAGGAGGAAUAACUGAUUAUAUUCGGCUCUGUGCUGACAUUGGCUCAUCCUAUAUGCAGGGCCUCACACUGGCUGCUGCACUUCAGGGACAAACCAUAACUGAAUUCCUCCGCUCUCCCCAGGGAGGCAAAAAUGGAGGAAGAUGUCCCCAAAUUGCUGGACCUCCUGGCAGCUGUUUUUCUUGCGGCCAAAUGGGCCAUCUAACAAUUCAAUGUCCUAAUCAGAAAAAGGGAGCUAAACUAAGGAGAUGCCCCCGAUGUAAUAAGGGAAGACAUUGGGCCAGGGAUUGUAAAUCUGCUUUUGAUAGUGCUGGCCAUCCGAUUCUGGAAAACUGGCAGAGGGGCCAGCCCCUGGCCCCUCAACAAAAAAACGGGGCAGCCCUCAACAAAAACAAACGGUUUCCAGUCUCCUCAGAGCAACCCCAGGAAGUGCAGGAUUGGACCUCUGUUCCUCCACCUACACAGUAUUAA